CGGGAAACAUGUUGAAAUUUGUAUGGGCCACACAAGUAGCUUAGGUCGUUGCGCUGGCUGGCAGUGGCAAUAAUGUUGCGGCUACUUCAUUACAUCGAGAAUGUGUUCAACUUGGCAGCAUCAAUUGCAGUCGGAAUCGUCAUUUCCGCAUUCGAGUCGGCAUGUCAAGGACGGAAGCAGAACGACUCGCGCGCCGCAAGCGGUACCUGGCCAACCGCCUCGAAGUGCUCGCGCAGCAGAAGGAGUAUCGCCAGAACAACAAGGGCCGGAUCGCAGUGCGCGCGAAGAGAUGGUAUGUCCAGAACAAGGAGCGUAUGGCCGAGUACAAGAAGGAGUACCAGCAGCAGAACAAGGACCGCAUAGCUGCUCGCAAGAAGGCGUACACGGAGCGAAACAAGGAGCGCAUCGCCGCCGCCAAGAGCGCCUACUACCACGCGACAAAGACCAAGGCGAAGUUGGUGUCAUCGUCGACACCACCAUCGUCCAAGAAGGCCGCGCCGACACCCACGACGCCGCCACCGCCGACCACGCGACGGAUCAAGCUGGAUGCAAGCGUCGCCACCGGCGUUGCGCUGCUCACAUGCAUUCGGGACAUCUUCGCGCACAAGGAAGCGCGGCCGUAGCUGCAAUGCGUUGGGGUUGUGUUCGAUUGCAGUUGCUAAUUAUGUUAUUAUGUAUUGUAUGUUGAAG